UCACAUGGUCCAGGGGCCAGAAGGGCUCCCCCGCUUGGAUGGUUCCCAACAUGGGGGGCCAGGAGGGUAGGAGCUUAACACGAGGGCCAUGUAAGUAAACCUGCUUGGCAGCCAGGAGGUAGAAUCUCAGAAAGGGAAGAGCUGGUGGAGCUGACCUGGACAGACAGCCGACAAGUCACUGUGAGGUUACGUUGUCUUUUCUGACCCCUUGUUCUGAGGCUGGACUGACCUUGCUGCCACGAGAUUCCUUUUCGCCUCCGUCUUGUGCUUUCCUACUGCAGUGAUCCCUGUGCAGGGCCCUUAGUCUGGCUCGGGGGUUGGCCGACUACCUGCUGGUCUGUUCUUGUAAAUAAAGUUUUAUUGGAACUCAGCCAGGCUCACUUACUUAUGCAUUGUCUGUGGCUGCUCUCGUGCUACAGGCAGAGCUGAGUUUGCACAGAGACUGUUGGGCCCACAAAGCCUAAAACAUUUACUAGCUAGCCCUUGACAGAGAGAGUUUACUGGUCGUGGUCCAGCUGAAGUAGGAGUUAUAUGUGUGCACAGACCCAGGUUUACUGGCCCAUGAGCCCCUCUCUCUCUCUCUUCCCUUCUCGUCCCCCCGACCCCUUCAACCCUCCCUCCCCCGCAACCUCUGACUUGUCCCCAACCUACUUGUUGUGGUCCUUCUCUGUUCCCACCCAUUUCUCUCCAAGUAUUUUAAAUUAAUGUGUUAGUAGGACUUCUCCCCACCACCUUCCCUUCGCACACAGCCCACCUGCCCUGGGUCUCCUCUCCCCCGACCCCCAGCCUCCCCGUGACUCUUCCCACCUGUUCCCAUGGGUCGUGGGUAGAGUGGGAUCUUCAGUACCGUGAGAUUCUGGGAGAGAGGUCCUUCCUGCUGUGAGGCCAGAGCCAGCCGACAGGACGGCGACAGACUGCUUCACUCCAGGAAGCGGUGAAAUGAACUCCCUUCAGAUAUUAAUCCCCUCCUUGUCCUCCCAGAGAGCUGACCUGUGUCCCCACAGGGUCCUGCACAGAGAGGUUGCUGGGCACCAGCCAGAGCGGGUGUCCAGACAGAGAUGGGUGUGGGUGCGUCUGACUUUGAGAUCUGCCUUGGACCAGCUUUCCCCCGGCUCAGAAAGAUGCUGUUGGGGAGGCAUGGAAGAGGGGGGUCAGGGAAGGCCAAGCAGCCAGUCUCUGCAGUUACCAGGACCGCGUUUCCACACCAAAACCCAGGCUCCCCGCAUCCUGGUAAUCAGGCCCCAGAGCCAUGGGUGCGCGCUCAGCAGGGCCCUGGGGGGAGUCCUGGAGGUUUCGAUGGCUCUUGAGAGUUGAUGGGACUGAAAUCUUGAAACUGGGAUUGUCCUGGGAGUUCUAGAUCGUGAGGUCACCGUAUCCACAGAACUUUCCAGAACCAGGGUGGUUUCCUGGCCGCCGAGGGACCCCUCAGCUCUGUACAGCUUUGCAAACAUUUGACACGAGGGGUCCCAGCCCCUCUCUGAAGCAGUGCCCAUGAGGGAACCCCUUGUUCCACACCACAAAGGGGAGGGCGAGAAGGGUGACCUGCCCACGGAGGUAAGGAGGUCCGGGCCAAGGGCUCCCACUCGGGUGUCUGCCGAGAGCCAGUCUCGAGGGGCCCUGGCCACCCUGAGGACGGCGUCUCACGGGGCCUCUUCCCAGCUGAGGGGAAGGCGUCUCCAGGGCAGCCAGAGACCAGACCGGCGUCCGCCCCGCGCAGGUCCCGCCCCUCCUCCCGGCCCUGCUGGUGCCUGGGCGCCCGACAGGGAGGCCAGCGGUCCCAGGUUCCCAGAUUUCCCGCAGCCGGUCCCUGCCCUCGCCCCCCGGCAGGCGCUGUCUUCUGCCACAGUGAGACAGCAACACGCCCGCUGCAGCCCCUACACUGGGCUCCUUUGUGUUCCCCUUGACCCAGGCACCAUCGUGCUCCUUGGAACAAGUGGCCCUGGGGUGCUUCUCCAGCAGGCGCCGAUGGCCUCUCGCCCAGCUCCUCUGUAUCCUCGUUUAGUUGUGUUUAUGUAGCCAGGAGCCUGCCUGCUCCCUUGUCUGGUCAGUCCUGGGAGCCCAUGCCCCCCCAAACCAGGCAGCCAAGAGCCCCUUCUGCGGGCCGGGGGCGGGGGUGGGGUUCUGAUGGCGGGAACUACCUUCUCUCUUGAGUGAGUCUCGGGAAACCCAGGUAGCUCGCAAUUGUCCCUUCUCCAAGGCGGGCACCGGGGACAGGCGUGGCAGGGAUGGCCGGAGUCCUGCCCAUCGCACGUUUCAGCCCCUCCCCCUGGUGCUGCCAAGACAGAGGACGAUGGACGGAUGCACCGAGAUCUCUCCUCCAGCCCAAGGCUCCGAUUUCCCUUAAAGGAGCCAAGGGAUGGUGGAGCCAGGGCGGGAGUGAGGCAUCUUGACGAGUCGGACUUCCUCCCCAGAUGGGCUGUGGGGACCCGAGGAGACGUUGAAGAGUGUGGGCGGGAAGGGGUGGCCGUCUACGAGUUGGUCCAGAGCUACCGGGGCUGAGAGCCUUUGCGCCCACCCGACUCGGGGCCCGUUGGGGGGUUGCUGCGGCCCCAGGGACCGCUGACCAGGAGCUUUAUGUGCACUGGGGUUCCCUUCCCUGGUGUGAACCGGCGGUACGUCUUCGGAGGCGGCUGUGCCGGAAGAGAGAGGGACCGGGAGGUGGCAUCUCAAACAGCUUCUGUUGACACUCGGGGGUUCACCUUCCUUCCAAACAGCCGGCGCAGGGAGUAAGUGUCCCCUUGCUUCGACCAGGAGAGAUGCCCACUGCACUGGGCUGAUUUCGGCAUCGGGCCACCUUGGCCUUCUGCCCUGAGAAACCGUGAUGAGGUAUUUGGUGAGCCUCGGGCUGGGCACCUGACACAGUUACGAGUGGUGCCCACCCCUAGUCCGCUUGUCCACGUAGACCGUCAGGUGGACGGCCUCCCUCCUUUAUGCCAACCUAGCUGCGGGGACAGAAGGGAAUUUCACUGUGUGCCGAGGCUCUGGCCUGCCCGGAAUCCGGUGUUAUAGGAGCCCGGAAGGCAGACUGCUGGGACGUGCCGGCGUGACACGAACCGAGUUAGUUUCUCCCCUUCUCUCCGCAUCUCCUGCUCACUUGGCCUCCUGUUUCUCCUUCCAUCCACUAGGCAGUACCAGAUGCUCCACACCGGGCAGAGGCCGCCUAGCAAACUCCCUUAGGAGUGCCGUCCAGGCCUGAUUGGGAAACUGGAGAAGAGGCCCCGUGAUUGAUGAGUUUGCCUUGGGUGUUGGUGACCAGGUGAAACGGGAGGCCGACAUGGGUCAGAAGGUCACUGGAGGUAUCAAGACGGUGGACAUGAGGGACCCCACGUACCGGCCCUUGAAGCAGGAGCUCCAGGGUCUGGACUACUGCAAGCCCACCCGCCUGGACCUGCUGCUGGACAUGCCCCCCGUGUCCUACGACGUCCAGCUGCUCCACUCCUGGAACAACAAUGACCGCUCGCUCAACGUCUUUGUGAAGGAGGACGACAAGCUGAUCUUUCACCGGCAUCCGGUGGCCCAGAGCACGGACGCCAUCAGGGGCAAAGUCGGGUACACGCGCGGGCUGCACGUGUGGCAGAUCACGUGGGCCAUGAGGCAGCGUGGCACCCACGCCGUGGUGGGGGUGGCAACGGCAGAUGCCCCCCUGCACUCCGUGGGGUACACGACACUCGUGGGGAAUAACCACGAGUCCUGGGGCUGGGACUUGGGGCGCAACCGGCUCUACCAUGACGGCAAAAACCAGCCGAGCAAAACGUACCCAGCCUUUCUGGAGCCGGACGAGACGUUCAUUGUCCCUGACUCCUUCCUGGUGGCCCUGGAUAUGGACGAUGGGACCCUCAGCUUCAUUGUGGAUGGACAGUACAUGGGAGUAGCUUUUCGGGGACUCAAGGGCAAAAAACUUUAUCCCGUAGUGAGUGCUGUCUGGGGCCACUGUGAGAUCCGCAUGCGCUACUUGAAUGGACUUGACCUGUUGUUUGUUCUAGAACCACCAAGAGCUGUGCUAACCCAGCAUCCUCUGUCUCUCCUCGGUCUCCGCAGCGGAGCCCCUGCCGCUCAUGGAUCUGUGCCGCCGCUCGGUGCGCCUGGCCCUGGGGAAGGAGCGCCUGGGUGAGAUCCACGCGCUGCCACUGCCCGCCUCCCUCAAGGCCUACCUCCACUACCAGUGAUGCCCCACCCGGGACCGCCAGCACGGCCGCCCCCGGCCACCCCGGUGCCAACUCACUGAGCCACCGCCGUGCCCACGCCCUGGACCGGCGUCUGCGACAUGGAAGUCCUGCCCUUCCUCUGCAGCCUCCCCGGCUGCCCCGCCGGACACGGACUGCUCCGGACACGGGCCCCUCUGUCCCCCUUCCGGACACUGGCAGAAGUUCCCCGCAUGCCGCCUCACAGCCCCUCCUGGGAAGAGGACACAGAGGAUAAACUACACUGCGCUCCGAUCUGCUCUCGGGGUGGCCUGGGUGCCCCCGCACCUGCCGGGUCCCUUGGCGCCAAGAGCAGAUCCCGGGGGUGCUAAGAGGUGCUUAGAUGAGGGCCGGUGCCCGCCCAGCGGGGCAGCCGCGCCGGACGAAGCUCAGGACGUCAGGAGCUCACCGUGGCCACCGAGGCAGAAACCAAACCGGGACCUUCCCCAGGCACGUGAGCACCCAGCAUUAGUCCUGGCUGUCGGUGCCCCCGUACCCUGUAUUUAUUCUUUUAACAAUAACAAAAGCCAUUUAUUUAUUCCACUUAGAAAGGACACCUUGUUCGGGUCACCUCUCUCUGGAGUGUUCUGUUGCUUUUCUUCCACCUGCCCCUCCCUGGGAUGUGUGUGCCUCACCUGGCCUUUUCGCUGGGUCGUGUCUGUCAUGUGUCCCCACGUGGGCACAGGGGUGUCUUUGUCUGGGUCCCUUGACCUACAGUUUCCAGGGGGCUCUGCUCCGAGUGCCCGAGUAGGCCCCUGAGGGGACAUCAGCCUCACGUGCAAUAUGAGUGCCUUGGAGGACCCGUCUGCACGGGCAGUGGCAGCUCCCCGUAUCUCUCCAGGCAGCCACCCAUCGCUAGGGCUCAUCCGUCUUUGCGCGUGGUUUUAUUUCUUUAGUCUUCUGUGAGGUUUUUCGGUGUGGGUUGGGUUUUGUUUUUGCUUUCCUACCUGAGAUUUGCCACGUGCAUCCCCGGAAGCUCUAGCUUCCCUGAGGACCACCCGAACCGAGACGGGAGGAUGAGUGAGUCUCCAUCCCCUGAGAGGCCGGGGGCAGGGCGGGGUGGGGGAGACCAGAGCGGAGUUGCGUGUCCUAGAAGCCAGUGCAGGUCUCCGCUCGGUGCCCCUGUCCGGGUUCAUCACGGUGCCCCAGAGCCGUGAGGUGGGGCAGGGGGUCGGGGCGGACAGCCAGCAGGAGAGGGACGCACCCUCCCAUGCACACCUCCCCCACGUAGCAGACCCCAGCACCUGCCGGCACAGUCACCGUUUCUUAUGUCUUGAAGUCGACUCUCUUAGAAUCCGCCUUCUGUUCAUUUCUGUACAGGUACAGUAGAUGACUUUAUUUGUUUAAAAUGUUUAAUAUAUAUGCAUAUAUAUUUGUCUGUAAGAAUUGUGUUUUAAACAGCUGCUCUAGGGCACCUUUUGAAAAAAAAGAAAAAAAGUCUUCCAGUGGAGUAUAUUUUUUAAAGCACAAAAUUAGUGCCAAGACUGGGUGAGGAAUGUAAAUUACCCCCUUAUUAUUUGGAGGUUUUAUGUCCCCCAGCGGGUGGGGGGAACCUAACCUGUAAGACUUUUAAAGAUUUUCCUCACUCCUGUUUCGGGGUGGGUCAUGUCCUGAUGAAUGUUACACACGAGAGGGUCUCACUGAUACAGAUCCCAGCCUUAUCGCCUUGACCCAGCCGUCUCCCACAGACGCUGGACAAAUCACCGGGGUCCUUGCCAUCUCUCUGCACCUCCCGCCCCCACAGCUCCCUAAGCCUCGACCCCACCCUUCUUUCCUCUCAGCCCGGAGCCUUGUGGCCUGUACAGUUUUGAAACUCCCGUUCUAUUUUAUGAUGGUUGAUAAUAGUCACCUAAUAAAGGAAAGUUUAUUAAAAUACACAAACA